GUCCGAGUCUGUCUCCGAUUAGGAACUUGAUAAGUGCUGCUCGGGAGGAGCGGAGCGUUGGUUGCUUAUACAACUUUACUCAUCAUUCACGGACAUACUACCAUUCUUGACUAAACGCCGGCUCGAGUUGGCUGUAUAUAUAUGUAUGUUGCGCACUAUGGGCAAGGAGACAACAUUUCCCUUCUCUGCCUCUGCAGUGUCGCGUUCUCACUCGCUAAAAGCUCUGGAGCUUGACAAAAGUCACUGGUUGAUAUUAUAAGAAAGAGAAAGAAAAAAAGAACAUUGUUGACAAUGUCCUCAGCAGCCUUGCCAACGACAGCUCCAGCUCCAGCUCCAACACUUCCGGACCCCAGUCGACACAUCACAGACAACGAUGCCCAAGGCAAAUCCUUCUUCUCCAAGGCUCUACCGACCGCGCUCCCUGUUGUGCGGGACCUUGGCGGCGGGACGCUCACGAGGCUCGGGUACAUUGCGCCCAAGGCGCCCGCGACGCUCACCGACCAAGCCGACCUCAAGGCGUAUCAGGCUUCAUUUAACAAAGACAACCUGCCGCCACUCGUGCCGCCCGGCGGUGGUGCCGUGGUAUGGUACAUCGACACGCCGCCGGGGGCAUGCAGCCCCAUGCAUCGCACCGUCAGUCUGGAUAUCGUGGUCCAGAUCGCCGGCGAGAUCGAGCUCACUUUGGACAGUGGAGAGACCAGGCUCAUGAAGGCCGGCGACUUGACGAUCCAACGGUCGACAAUGCAUAAGUGGAGGAACCCAAGUGAGACGCAGUGGUCUAGAAUGUUGGCUGUCAUGGCGGAGUGUGAGCCUGUCGUGGUGGGUGGAAAGAUGCUCGGCGAAGAGUUUCCAAGUCAUUGAAUGAGUGGGCGGAUUGGAUGGGGUGUACUGUACUGUACAUGUGAACCUACCUGUGGGAUUGAGAAUGAAGGGGGGCUUUUUUGCGUAAGCACUGGCGGUGCCCUGCAUGAUGGAGAGAUAGAGAUGGAGGAGGUGAAUGAUUAUAGGUACUAAAUGGGGUGAGACGGCCGGACUUUCCUUGAGUGGUGCUGGUG